UCAGCUGGAAGCACGGAGGCCUCCCUGCUGAACUCCAGGAUGCCCAUCGGCCGGACUUGGCUGCUGGCCCUGGCCCUGCUGGCAGGGCGUGGGGAGGCUCAGAGCUGCAACCCUGAACUCCAAGGGGUUGCUCACAAUUUGGCCAAGGGUCGCCCGGCCUAUCAGUCCUCCCUCUACCCACAUCCGAUUGUUGGAGCAGCGAGCAAAGCCGUGGAUGGGAACUGUAGCGGCGAGUGGUAUACAGAUGGCAGCUGCACCCACACUGGGUUUGAAAUGGAGCCCUGGUGGUACGUGGACUUGGGCGACCAGUACGCCAUCUCCGCUGUGGUGGUGAAAAACCGGGGGGACUGCUGUGGUGAACGACUCCAGGGAGCCCAGAUCCGCGUAGGAGACUCCGUGGCUGACCAUGGCAAGUCCAGCCCCCUUUGUGGGACCAUCACAGACACCAGACUUGGCUCUGUCAGCACCUUGUACUGCAACUGGCUCAAAGGCCGCUAUGUGAGCAUCAGGAUCCCUGGACGGGCAGAAUUCCUUCACGUGUGCGAGGUGGAGGUCUACGGCACCAAGCCGGAAGACACAUGUUAGGGAUCACUGGCUGUGUGGGUUUGUGGGUGCGUAAGGGUGGUUAAAUUGAUUUUGCCUCUCCAAUAAAUGUCC